GUUCUUUUCACACACACACACUCUACAAUUCCACACAUACCACACUCCAUUGAUAACAAAAAAAAAACUCCAAAAACACUCGCAGCUAGCUAAUCGCAUAAUGAUGCAACAUCAGAGAGCUGGUCAAGGCGCAAGUGUGCCGAUCAGUCUGACACCCAACGCCCGUCGACCUGACAAUGGUGGCCGCAGUGGCAAGGCGAUUCAAGUUCGAACAAACUUUUUUGCCAUCAACAAACUAGAGGUUGACACCAUCUGGCACUACGAUGUGUCGUUCACUCCAACGAUCCCCGCUGAGAAGGCGCGCAGGCUGUGGAAGCUGAUUGAGGACUUUCCCGAGCUCGCGAAGCACAAGGUUGUCUUUGACGGCCGAUGCAACGCAUAUGCGUCGCAGGAGCUCACUGUUGAAAGAUUGACGCGCAAGGUUGAGCUGCCCGAGGAUGGGGUGUCGGCCCCCGCACCCGCACCCGCUCGCGCCUCCUCGUCUUCCGCGCCUGCUCGCGCUGCGUCUUCGUCCUCUGCCCCCGCCUCGGGAGCAGGCGCGAGGAAGAAGAACGAAAUUACCGUCAAGAUCAAUCGCGUGGCGAGAAUUGACCUCGAGGAGCUCCAUCGAUUCCUCCGUCGUCAGGGGCCCGUCACUCCAGGAUGCUUCACAGCCAUCCAAGCAUUGAACGUGGUCAUGUCCCAUAAGUUGUUCUCGGAGAUGGUCAAUGUCGGUCGCUCCGCUUACACCCCCAACAAUGCAUCGGAUCUUGGCGGAGGCAUCGAGAAAUGGGAUGGAGUUUUCCAGUCCGUUCGCCCCGGUCAAAAUGGUCUCUAUGCGAACAUUGAUAUCGCAUCGACAGCCUUCAUCAAGGGAGGAAAUGCCGCCUCUCUGAUGGCUGAAGUCCAGAAUGUCCGAAACAUUGCGGAUUUGCGAAAUCUCCACAGGCGCCAAUUUGUCGACCUUCAGCGACACUUCAAGGGUUGCUCCUUCACUGUAAACCACCGAGGAGGGGCGCACAAGAGAAAGUACAAGGUGUCCCAGGUGAGCAUGAUGCCUGCGGACAAGGUUUUCUUCGAGCAAGAGACGAACGGAGGAGCCAAGAAGAAAGUCUCCAUUCCGGAGUAUUACACGGCCGCGUACAAGCUCAAGUUGCAGUACCCCUUCUUGCCGUGUCUUGGCGUCAAGGGUCGCGACGGACCCCUCUACUUCCCGGCUGAGAUCUGCAACAUCGUUCCUGGCAGACGCUACCAGAAGAAGCUGAACGAGGAACAGACCGCCGCGAUGAUCAGAACGACCUGUAUUAAGCCUGACCAGCGGGCUGUCAAGAUCAAGAAUCUGCUCCCACUCUUGGACUUUGAUCGUAACAGGUACUUGAAGGGCUUCCAAAUGGAGAUCUCUAAGGAAAUGACCACCGUUCCUGCGCGUGUGUUGGCCCCGCCCGAUGUCAUGUACCGCGGUGGUGUCUCCGUCCGCCCCAGUUACGGUAGUUGGCAGCUGAACCCGUCGCGAAAGAUGGUCCAGGGCUCCACGCUUUCGUCGUGGGGCGUUCUGAUCUACGAAAGGGAGGAUCGCCUCAGAAGGGAUGCUGUCCAGCAUUUUAUCCGCGAAUUGAACGCGACACUCGUUGAGAACGGCAUGGACGUGAGACAGCGAGCUCCCCCGGUUAUGUAUGCUGCUGCCGGUAGUCUGGAAAAGAAUGUCGAGUCCAUGAUCGCAAGGAUCCAAGAACAGUUCAAAGCCCCUCCGCAGUUGAUUUUGGUCGUGAUGCCGUCCAAGUGUCAGACAUAUUCUGCCAUCAAGACGUACUGUGAGACGGUCCACAGGAUCGGUGUGAUGACCCAAUGUGCCCUGUCCAGGAACGUCCUGCGUGCGAAUAAGCAGUACUGUGGAAACAUUGGAUUGAAAAUUAACGCCAAGCUUGGUGGUAUGAACAACAAUCUCAAGGGAACAGCAAUUCCCUUCCUUUCUCAGAAGCCGACCAUGAUUAUCGGAGCGGAUGUGACCCAUCCUGCUCCUGGAGAGACCAAGCCGUCGAUUGUUGCGGUCGUGGCCUCGAUGGACGAGCAUGCGUUCCGUUACAGUGGCAGGACUAAGCUGCAGGACAGUGGUGUUGAGGUCAUCGAUGAGUUGAAGGAUCUGGUGCGUGAGCUGUUACUGGCGUUCCAUCAACGGAACAAGAAAUGUCCUGAACGGAUUCUCUUCUACCGCGACGGAGUCUCUGAGGGACAGUAUGCGGAGGUCAUGCGAACGGAGGUGCAGGCUGUGAAGCAGGCUUGCACACAAUUGGACGCGAACUAUCGACCUCCAGUGACCUUCUGUGUGGUGAAGAAGCGUCAUCAUGCACGCUUGUUCCCGAUGCACCCGAAUGAUGCGGAUCGAUCGGGCAAUUGCGUUGCAGGCACAGUUGUCGAUACGGUGAUUACGCAUCCGACCGAGUUCGAUUUCUACCUGCAGAGUCAUGGAGGUCUACAGGGCACAUCGCGUCCGACGCUGUAUCAUGUGCUGAUGGAUGAGAACAGGUUCACGUCGGACACGCUUCAGGAGUUGACCUAUCGUCUGUGCCAUGUGUACGCGCGAUGCUCCAAAUCUGUGAGCAUUGUGCCCUCAGUGUACUAUGCCCAUCUGCUGGCGUACCGUGCGCGACAUUACCAGGGACAGGACAGUUCGGACACGGAAAGUGUUUUGAGCUCUGCGGGUGGUAGUAGUUCUUACGCGCCUAUCUUUGAUACCUCGAACGGCAUCAAGAACUUGAUGUACUUUGUGUAAGUUGCGACAGACGCGACUACCAAUUUUUGGACUAUAAUUUUACAGUGUUAUCCGGGUUUCAACAACAACAACAACAACAACAACAACAACAACAACAACAACAACAACAAAAAAAAAGAAAAAGAAAAAAGAAAAGAAAAGGAAAACGAAGAACGA